UGAGCAUUUUUUUUAGUGAAGGGAGAGCAAACCCCACCUUCAGGCUUCAGCUCCUCCAAAGCUCACCAUAGCUCAUGGCCUUAUCUUCUCUAAGCUCUUCUGCAAUCCUCACUGCCUUCCAAUUCUCCACUAACUUACCAAUCCCCAAACUCACCACGACCACCACCACCAACACCACGACCUUGUACUUCUCUUCCAAACCCACCAACAACCAAACCAAUUUCUUGAACCUUUCAAGCAAUGAUAACUCGAGCUUUGAUAAGUGGAGAGCUACAGUUUCUUUCUUUCCUGCCUUCUUGAAAAAGGGCAAGGAUGCUAAGGUCCUCAAAGAAGAGCUUCUUGAAGCAAUUGCUCCUCUUGAUCGUGGAGCUGAGGCUACUCCUGAAGACCAGCAGGCAGUUGAUGAGAUUGCGCGCAAACUUGAAGCAGUUAAUCCAACAAAGGAGCCACUCAAAUCUGAUUUACUAAAUGGGAAAUGGGAGCUUAUUUACACUACUUCACAAUCAAUUCUGCAAACCCAGAGACCUAAAUUCUUAAGAUCCAUAACAAAUUACCAAGCAAUCAAUGUGGAUACACUUAGGGCCCAGAACAUGGAGUCUUGGCCAAUCUUCAACCAGGUAACAGCAGAUUUAACACCUUUGACUGCAAAAAAGGUUGCUGUAAAAUUUGAUUUUUUCAAGAUUGCAGGUCUGAUACCCGUUAAGGCACCUGGAAGAGCUCGUGGUGAGUUGGAAAUUACAUAUUUGGAUGAAGAACUGCGAAUUUCCAGGGGUGACAAAGGAAAUUUGUUCAUCUUGAAAAUGAUUGAUCCCUCCUACCGUGUACCCGUCUGAUGUGUUGAUCACAUUGAGGCACUGUAAUCUUUUGGGUAGUCAGACAAUGAGAAUGAAAAGCUUACUGCAGAUUUUACUCAGACAUCCCUUAGCUUCGUUUGUUGUAUAAAAACGGUAUAGAAAACAGUUUUGCUUGUUAGCUUUCUUUUUUUCAGGCCUGCAAGUUUUGUAUACAGACGUGCCGACUCUUUUCCUGUAUAUACAUUUACCAUUUGUGAAGCUGUAAAAUUCAGAUGACUGAAUAUAUUUAUUGUUAUGAGAAAUCAGAUAGGAAAAUCUUUCACUA